AUGGGCAGUGGUCAGAUGAAAACUCGACUGGUCCUGGUCACUCUGAUGCUGCUGGUCUUCACUGAGAUGAGCCAGUGCCUCACAAUGUCCAAGAUUGAGAAUGAGCAAGAUUCCCUGACAACUGAGAAUUCCCAAGCCUGUCAGGGUGAGAUUCUUAUCCACUGCACGGUUCAGACCCAGUCACAGUCUUUCAUCUCUGACAGAAGUCAUCCACUCUCCCAGAAAAUGGGGAAAGCAGUCAUUCUGCUGGUGAAAGAGAUUUACUACCCGAUCCUCGCGGCUGUUGCUCUUCCUGCAAACUUGGUGAAUAUUGUGAUUCUCUCCCGAGGAAACUGUGGCCUUUCCAAGUGUAUAUCCGUUUAUAUGGUGGCCAUGGCAGCAACAGAUCUACUGGUCAUCAUUAACAAUAUAAUCAUAUAUUGUAUUUUCUCUUAUCACUUUCCACUUUCAUUCCUGUCUCUCACUCCUGUGUGUAAGGUCAUCAUAUAUAUGAAUGCUGUAGCUUUUGAUUUGUUUGUUUGGUGCGUAGUCUCCUUCACACUUGACCGAUUUAUAGUGAUCUGUUGCCAGAAAUUUAAAACAAAGUACUGUACUGAGAGAACGGCAAUCACCAUUAUAACAACACUCACCAUCCUAAUCUCACCGAAGGAAAUACCAAUUUUGUUUGCAUAUGAGCCUCAGCAAAUAAUUAACCAAGUGCAGUGGGGCUGUCGGUCAAGGGCUGCUUUUUUUUCUUCAUCUCCAGGAAUUGCAUUUGUCUGGUUUUACAGUGCCUGGGUCAUUUGGCUUCCUUUUACUUUGCUUGUCUUGUUUAAUUCUCUAACCAUCCGACGUAUUUUGGUGUCAAAUAGAACCCGCACUGGACUCUGCCAACUCAGGACGAAGAAUCUGAGAGAUUCAGAGGUGGAGAAUCGAAGGAAAUCCAUCAUUUUAUUGUUCUCUGUAUCAAUCAGUUUCAUAUUGCUUUGGUUGACACAUUCAGUGAACUUAGGAGUUACCAGGUUGACAGACACUAAUUAUUACCGUGGUGACAGGACAAGUCCAGCAUAUAUUGCCUCCAAAAUUGGACAUUUCCUCUUAUUUUUGAGUUGCUUUCAAAACCCAUGUAUUUAUGCAGUGACCCAGAGCAAAUUCAGAGAAGAAAUGAAAAAUAUGUUGAAAUUUCCCUGGAGGCUACUUCAAAGUUUAGUAAGAAUAAAAGGAUAA